AAUGCCAAUUCGGACGCACUUUCAUAUACGGUACCCCAGAUAAUUAUUCUACUGUUAAUCUCUUCUAAAUAAAAUCCGCAUUGAAGCUGACCGACCGCGACGAUGUUGCUAGCAUCGAUACGGACGUUGGGCAGCGGUGUGCUGCUGUACGGCCUGUACUACAUCGCGGCGUUUUACCUGCGCGAGCGGCGCUACCGCUGGCCGCCGGGGCCGCGCAGUCUUCCGCUGAUCGGGUCGCCGUUAAAGGAAUCCGACAUUAAGGCCUUCCACCGUAUCCACUACAACAACGCCAAGAAAUACGGGAGUAUCGUGCGCACCAUGUUCGGUCCCGUUGCCACCGUCCAGCUGAACGAUGUCAAGAUCAUCAAGGAAGCUUUCUCCCGCGAUGUAUUCGUGCCAUGA